AUGGAUCCCGAUGUCAGCGACCGUUUGGAAGUUGUUCGGAGAAAAUUGGACGUCGGGGAGUGCGGUACGAGGCGACACAAGGGAUGGUCCCCUGGUAGUGAUGAGCAUGCGAGAGGGAUACUCAAGAAAUGGAGGUAUAGGUCUAGAAGGGUUCCAGAAGGGCGUGGUAGUCCGUGGAAUAGGUUUCUGCCGCGAAAGCUGCAGAGGCUGACGCCUCUUCACGACGAUUUGGUGGAACUUGCCGUGCGGGAGUGGCAUGGAGCCCGUCUGUGUAAUCUGCAGGAGCUCCUGGAACGGUGUAGCGGGAUCCAGGACGGCUCCCGCAGCGUGGUUGUGGAAUGGGACGCGAAGUGGAUCAAUCCGCUGUCGCUGGCGUCUAAGGGAUGGGAGUUUUCGUCGAGCGACCACAAGGGCAGGAUGGUUUGCCGGUGCCAGUCGUGUCGUAAGACCAUAGUUCUGGAUUUGCGCCUCGAAGAGGCGUCGAGUGAGUACUUGCGCCAGUCGUACUGGGUAAAUGGGGUCUCCAAGGGCCACAGUGCGUGCUGCCCUUGGAGGAACGUCCAGUUCGAUCUCGAAAAGGAAUACUAUUUGCACAAGUCCAAUCUGGUUCAUGACAUCGAAAGGAUAAAGAAGGCUGUCUCGAAACCCUGCAGUGCUUCAAAGGCGGAAAAGUGUCCUGGAACUUUUCCCGCAGAUCAAUUAACACAGCUAAAGAAGGUUUUCCAUUACAACGGCGACGACCAGCUUUUGUCGCUGCUAGUUCGAGGAUAUGAACCUAUUGGGGACGCCGUGGUACGCUGCUCGGCGUGUUUCCGCAACGCAUUUCUGCGCAAUUGCUCAGCACUCAACUACCACGAAUCUUGGUGCAGGUAUCGCGAGGAGAACAAGCUAGCUGAGAUGAUCUUGAGCUCGCUUCCGCUGGACCUCGAAAGCUGCGGGAAGCCAGAUAGCGUAGAGAAAAGAUUACAUAAUUUGGAGACGUAUCUCGAAGAGCUUUAA